AUGGCACAAUUUUGUUUUGAUGCUGAAAAUGCUUUAAACUGUCCGAUCUGUCUGAAUCUGCUUACAGACCCAGUGACUACAUCUUGUGGCCACAGUUACUGUAUGGACUGCAUCGAGAGAUCCUGGGAUCAGGAGGUUUAUAAAGGAGUGUACAGCUGCCCCAAAUGCAGGACACAAUUCAACCAAAGACCAACUCUCAGCAGAAGCACAGUGCUAGCUGAAAUUGUAGGUGGAAUGAACCAGGAGGAUCCAGCUGGGCCUGAAGAUGUGCCGUGCGAUGUUUGCAAAGGAAGAAAACUAAAAGCCAUCAAGUCUUGUCUGGUGUGUUUGGCUUCUUACUGCCAAUCUCACAUUCAGCCUCAUUAUGAGUCUGAAGCUUUUAGAAAGCACAAGCUGGUACAUGCUUCCUCAAAUCUACAGAAGCAGAUCUGCCCACAACAUCAUAAAGCGCUGGAGAUUUACUGUCAGGAUGACCAGAAGUGUAUAUGUGUAGUUUGUUUGGGGGGUCAGCACAGUGGACAUAAAACAGUCUCAGCUGCUGACGAAAUGGAUAAAAAACAGGAGGAGCUGAAAAUAAAACAGAUGGAUUUAAUACAGGAGACUAAAGACAGAGAAAAGAGGGUUCAAAUGUUGAAGAAAGCUGUUGAGUCUCAUAAGGCGGCGGUGCAGAACAGUGAGAGGAUCUUUGAUGAGCUCAUCAGCUUCAUUCAGAAAAGAAAAGCUGAGAUGAGAGAGAAGAUCAGUGCUCAAGAGAAGGAAGUACAAGAAGCUGAGAAUCACAGCGCCAUCAAUCGGAUAUAA